UCGCUCUUUUUAGGGGCUUGUGUGGUGUGUGGGAGCCCGCCUCCCUGCCUCCCUGCCUCCCAGCUCCAGGGGGUAUUUAAAGACCCCUGCCCUCUGUGUUUUGCCCCAGUUGAAGCAUCUCUCUCUCUCUCUCUCGUGUGAUACUACUUGACCACACCCCCUGACCAAUCAUGUGCGACGAAGACGAGACCACCGCCCUUGUGUGUGACAACGGCUCCGGAUUGGUCAAGGCCGGAUUCGCUGGGGAUGACGCUCCCCGUGCUGUCUUCCCAUCCAUUGUGGGCCGACCCAGACACCAGGGUGUGAUGGUGGGUAUGGGUCAGAAGGACAGCUAUGUAGGAGACGAGGCCCAGAGCAAGAGGGGUAUCCUGACUCUGAAGUACCCCAUUGAACACGGCAUCAUCACCAACUGGGACGACAUGGAGAAGAUCUGGCACCACACCUUCUACAACGAGCUGAGAGUGGCCCCUGAGGAGCACCCCACCCUGCUCACUGAGGCCCCCCUCAACCCCAAGGCCAACAGGGAGAAGAUGACUCAGAUCAUGUUUGAGACCUUCAACGUCCCCGCCAUGUACGUGGCCAUCCAGGCUGUGCUGUCCCUCUACGCCUCCGGCCGUACCACCGGUAUCGUGCUGGACUCUGGAGAUGGUGUGACCCACAACGUGCCCAUCUAUGAGGGGUACGCCCUGCCCCACGCCAUCAUGCGUUUGGAUCUGGCUGGCAGAGACCUGACUGACUACCUGAUGAAGAUCCUGACUGAGAGAGGCUACUCCUUUGUCACCACCGCCGAGCGUGAGAUUGUGCGUGACAUCAAGGAGAAGCUGUGCUACGUGGCUCUGGACUUCGAGAAUGAGAUGGCCACCGCCGCCUCCUCCUCCUCUCUGGAGAAGAGCUACGAGCUUCCCGACGGCCAGGUCAUCACCAUCGGAAACGAGCGUUUCCGCUGCCCUGAGACCCUCUUCCAGCCUUCCUUCAUUGGUAUGGAAUCCGCUGGUAUCCAUGAGACCGCCUACAACUCCAUCAUGAAGUGCGACAUUGACAUCCGCAAGGACCUGUACGCCAACAACGUGCUGUCUGGCGGUACCACCAUGUACCCUGGUAUCGCUGACCGCAUGCAGAAGGAGAUCACUGCCCUGGCACCCAGCACCAUGAAGAUCAAGAUCAUCGCUCCCCCCGAGAGGAAGUACUCAGUCUGGAUCGGUGGCUCCAUCCUGGCCUCUCUGUCCACCUUCCAGCAGAUGUGGAUCACCAAGCAGGAAUACGACGAGGCAGGCCCCUCCAUCGUCCACAGGAAGUGCUUCUAAGCCCCGCCCCUUCCAUCCUCCACCGUUCAUCUACCUGUCUAUUCAGUUGCAAUAAAAGUCCCGUGCUUGUAAA